UCCGGUGGCUUUUCAAGAGGAAACUUAAAAGACUUAAACUAAACUUAAACUUAAAAGUACGAAAAUGGUCCAGCCGGUGGUGCUCUUGUCUGCGAUUUGUUUUAUUACCGUCGCCCUGGGAUCGGAGGAAUCUUGUUAUCUCACUGAAGAGCAGGAGGACGACUGCGCGGCGGUCUGUCAUCCGAUCGUGAAGCCCCUCCUGAGGUACUUUGAGAAGAUUCAGGCCAAAGAAUCCCAGUUCCAAAAGGAAAACUCAGAGUUGCAGAAAAAGUUGCAGCAAAAGGGUCUGGAGUCCCUGAGAAACUAUUCCGACUUGCAGAAAAAGUAUUCAGAUUUGCAGGAAAGCUAUUCAGACUUACGAAACAGGAAGGUGAUUGAAGUCGAAAAUCUAAAAUCUCAAAUUGGUUCAAAAAAUGUGGAGAUCAAAUUUCUAAAAGAUAAAAUAAGUGAAUUAAAUAAAACAAAUGAACUUGCUACAAAAAUACUUCGCGACGACAUUGCCAAAUUGCGCGAAAUAGUAAAAAAUAAAACUUCGAAUAAUGGAACAGCCAGUCCAUUACCAACCAGGACAGUCCAGCAACAAGCUCCACCCUCCAAAGCUAUUCCAGAUCGGUGUCCGCAAAGCCAAAAUGAAACUGAGAUCAUCCAAGAAAUCCAAAUUCCAGGUUCAGAUCCGUUUAAAGUGGUCUGUUACUCAGAUGAGGAGAUUGGUUCUGGUUGGCUGAUUGUUUAUAACCAUUGGGAUAAAACAAAUUAUUUUAAUCGCACGUAUGAGGAAUUUGAAAGAGGAAUCGGAGAUGUCGGGACGCAGUGGGACGAUAAUUACUUUAUCGGACUUGAACGAUUGCACCUCCUGACAUCUAGAAACUCUUAUGAGUUAAGAAUGAAUCCUUACAAAUGCGACAGCUUUAUCGUUGGGAAUCAAAGCGAAGGCUACAUGGUGAAAGAUACCAAAGGGUGUACUGGAGGCAUAUUGCCGAACCUUAGGCAAGUCAAGUUUUCCACCUGGGAUCGAGAUGAGGAUGGAUAUCCCGAUCGUAGUUUGGCAAAGGAAAUAGGCUAUGGCUGGUGGAUCGAACCUCGAAUCGCCGUGUUCUUUUUUAAUCCUUUCUUCGGAUUAUCAUACUAA